UUAUCCUAUCCACACUCUUUUUGUUUUUCUGUUUUUCUAUCUCUCACUAUCUCUAUUCUCUCCCCCUCUCCCUUUUUUUCUGUGUCCCCUCCCCUCAGCUACACUUUCACUUGGUUCUUAAUUCCUCACCCAUAUUUCUAUUCAAUUCAAUUCCCUUUCUUUUGGUUACCAAAAAAAAAAAAAAAGUACCCUUUCUUUUACCAUCAUGCCCCUCAAAAACUCUUAGCUACCUUCACUGGUGGUUGUUCUGUUUGUUAACAAAGAAACUUCCAGAAUGAAGAGGGGUUUUGUUUAUUCGAUGAAUUCAACUAUUGUCUCUUAGUUAUUUCCGUCCAAGGAAGAAGCUCUAGUUAAACUAUAAUUUUCAAAUACAUAACCGAUUCAACCGAUUUCUUGGAGUGCAAUGGCUCCCAAAACAGGGAAAACCAAACCUCACAAAGCUAAGGGAGACAAGAAGAAAAAAGAAGAGAAAGUUUUGCCCACCGUCAUUGAAAUUACUGUAGGAACACCAGACGACUCGCAUGUUAAUCUCAAGGGAAUCUCCACGGACAGGAUCCUAGAUGUGAGAAAGCUUUUAGCUGUCCACGUUGAAACUUGUCAUUUGACUAAUUUCUCCUUAUCUCACGAGGUGCGAGGUGCUAGGCUGAAGGACACAGUGGAAAUCGUAACACUGAAGCCGUGCCAUCUCUCCAUAGUCCAAGAGGACUACACGGAAGAGCUCGCCGUCGCGCACAUUCGGCGACUCCUCGACAUUGUCGCCUGCACCACCUCCUUCGGCUCCUCCACAAAACCCGCCGGAAGAUCCAGCCCCAAAGACCCGACCAGCACCAAAGACUCCGGCUCGGUCGAGACCGAACCGUGGCAGCAGAGUCCGAGAUCAGAAAAUGGAUCGGAAUCAAGCCCGAAACCCAAACCCGGAGAUCCGAAUUCGGAGUCUGGCAACAGAAAAACCGAGAAGGCGGAGAAAGUGGAAGGUGAAAUCUCCUUGUAUCCACCACCGAGACUGGGACAGUUCUAUGACUUCUUUUCGUUUUCGCACCUUACGCCGCCGUUUCAAUACAUACGAAGAUCAAAUCGUCCGUUCCUUGAGGAUAAGACAGAGGAUGACUUUUUUCAGAUUGAUGUUAGGGUUUGUAGUGGAAAACCAACAACAAUUGUUGCUUCUAGAUUAGGAUUCUACCCUGCGGGAAAACGUCUUCUUGUGAAUCAUACAUUGGUGGGUCUCCUUCAACAGAUAAGCAGGGUAUUUGAUGCUGCCUUCAGGGCUCUUAUGAAGGCAUUCACAGAACACAAUAAGUUCGGCAAUCUUCCUUAUGGUUUUCGUGCAAACACAUGGGUUGUCCCUCCAGUUGUUUCUGAGAAUCCAUCGGUCUUUCCCCCACUUCCCAUGGAAGAUGAAAUUUGGGGAGGAAAUGGGGGUGGACAAGGCAGCGAUGGUAAACAGGAAAAGAGACAGUGGGCCAGAGAUUUUGCAAUUCUAGCUGCAAUGCCUUGUCAAACUGCAGAAGAGAGGCAAAUUCGAGAUAGGAAGGCUUUUCUGCUUCAUAGUUUAUUCGUUGACGUAUCAGUCUUCAAAGCAGUUUCUGCAAUAAAGCAUCUUAAAGAUAGUAAGCAAAGCUCUUUAAGUAAUACGGCUAUUUCAACUUCCUAUGAAGAAAGAACCGGAGAUUUAACUAUUAAGGUGACAAGAGAUGUAUCUGAUGCAAGUAUGAAGUUGGACUGCAAAAAUGAUGGUAAUCAGGUUCUUGGAUUGUCAGACGAAGAACUUGCUCAGAGAAACUUGCUUAAAGGCAUAACGGCUGAUGAGAGUGCAACUGUUCAUGAUACUCCUACUUUAGGUGCUGUAAUUAUAAGACAUUGUGGCUACACAGCUGUGGUAAAGGUUUCAGCUGAGACAGAUUGGGAGGGGAGUCCUAAUUCCUUGGAAAUCGAUAUUGAGGACCAGCCUGAAGGAGGAGCAAAUGCAUUAAAUGUUAACAGCUUGAGGAUGCUGUUGAAUAAGUCAUCUUCACCUCAAUCAUCUAACACAACUCAACGAAUCCAGAGCACAGAUAUUGAAAAUUCACAUUCUGCUCGGCCUUUGGUAAGGAAAGUUCUAGAGGAUAGUUUACUGAAAUUGAAGGAAGAAACUGCUAGAAGUAGUAAGUCUAUCAGAUGGGAGCUUGGGGCAUGUUGGGUACAACAUCUGCAAAAUCAAGCUACAGGGAAAACUGAGCCAAAAAGUGCAGAAGAAGCUAAACUUGAACCAGCUGUGAAAGGUCUUGGGAAGCAAGGUGGCUUACUGAAGGAAUUGAAGAAAAAGAUAGACAACAGGAACUCCAAAGUUGAACAAGGGAAGGAUAUUUCCACAUGUAAUGGCAUUGACAUAAACAAGCCAGAUGCCACUCAACAAGAAUUAGAGAGAAAAGAUGAAGAGAAGGAAACUAUGUGGAGAAAAUUGCUUCCUGAUGCUGCAUAUACACGCCUUAAAGAAUCUAAAACUGGUCUUCAUGUGAAGUCACCUGGUGAAUUGACGGAAAUGGCACAUAAAUAUUAUGUUGAUACUGCACUUCCAAAGCUGGUGGCAGAUUUUGGAUCCCUUGAACUCUCACCUGUUGAUGGAAGAACAUUGACUGAUUUCAUGCAUACCCGGGGCUUACAAAUGUCUUCCUUAGGACGAGUGGUUGAGCUUGCAGAUAAACUUCCUCAUGUGCAAUCACUAUGUAUACAUGAGAUGGUUGUUCGAGCCUACAAGCACAUCUUGCAAGCGGUUGUUGCAACAGUUGAUAAUGUUUCUGAGUUGGCUUCAUCCAUAGCAUCAUGCUUAAAUAUAUUGUUGGGAACACCGUCACCUGAAACUAAUGAUGCAGAUAUUACGAGUUGUGAUGAACUGAAAUGGAAAUGGGUAGAAAUCUUCCUUCUGAAGAGGUUUGGGUGGCAAUGGAAGUAUGAAAUUGGUCAAGAUUUUAGGAAGUUCGCCAUUCUUCGUGGACUGUGCCAUAAGGUUGGGCUUGAGCUGGUUCCCCGGGACUAUGAUAUGGAUACAGCAUCUCCUUUCAGAAAGUCAGAUAUCGUAAGCAUGGUCCCUGUAUAUAAGCAUGUGGCUUGCUCAUCUGCUGAUGGCCGAACACUGUUGGAAUCAUCAAAGACUUCCUUGGAUAAAGGUAAAUUGGAGGAUGCUGUCAACUAUGGCACAAAGGCACUUUCAAAAUUAGUGUCGGUGUGUGGGCCUUACCAUAGAAUGACUGCAGGAGCAUACAGUCUCUUAGCUGUUGUGCUCUAUCAUACUGGAGAUUUCAAUCAGGCAACAAUCUAUCAGCAAAAGGCACUAGAUAUUAAUGAAAGAGAGCUUGGACUGGACCAUCCUGAUACCAUGAAAAGUUAUGGGGAUCUUGCCGUUUUCUAUUAUCGACUCCAACAUACAGAAUUGGCUUUAAAGUAUGUCAAUCGUGCAUUGUAUCUUUUGCACCUAACGUGUGGACCUUCACAUCCAAACACUGCUGCCACCUACAUUAAUGUAGCAAUGAUGGAAGAAGGAUUGGGGAAUGUCCAUAUUGCUCUCAGAUACCUUCAUGAGGCUUUAAAAUGUAACAAAAGAUUACUUGGAGCUGAUCAUAUACAGACGGCUGCAAGCUAUCAUGCAAUAGCUAUUGCUCUUUCUUUGAUGGAAGCAUACUCUCUAAGCGUUCAGCACGAGCAAACCACCCUCCAGAUACUGCAGGCCAAACUUGGGUCCGAUGAUCUAAGGACACAGGAUGCAGCUGCUUGGCUAGAGUACUUCGAGUCAAAGGCUUUGGAGCAACAGGAGGCUGCACGCAACGGUACACCUAAGCCUGAUGCCUCAAUCUCCAGCAAGGGUCAUUUAAGUGUGUCAGACCUCUUGGAUUACAUAACACCAGAUGCUGAUUUCAAAGCAAGAGAAGCACAAAAAAAGGCCCGAGCCAAGUUCAAGGGAAAACCAGGCCAAAACUGGGAAACAGCUUCAGAUGAAAAUCACAAGGAUGAAGACAUGUCUCAAGGUUAUGCAAUUACAGAGACUAUAAGUGAUAAAGAAAAUAAAGCUGAAGCUCAAUUUGAAGAACACAAUAUUGGUAAAGUGGAGUCCACUCACUUGGACCAGACAAUGCUCAAGGAAAGUAAUAACCUGGCACAGGAUGACAACUCAGAUGAAGGAUGGCAGGAAGCUGUUCCUAAAGGUCGCUCACUCACUGGGCGCAAGUCAUCUUCAUCAAGGAGGCCUACCCUAUCAAAACUGAAUACCAGCUUCAUGAAUGUUUCCCAGUCAUCAAGACAUCGAGGCAAGCCCACAAAUUUUUCUUCUCCAAGAACAAAUUUAAAUGAGACUAUUGCUGGGCCCUCCCUUCCUGGUCCAAAAAAGUUUGUUAAGAGUGCUAGUUUCAGUCCUAAGCUGAAUAGCUCUAGCGCCCCAGCUGCUGUAGCAGAGAAGUUAGCAGACUCAAAGUCAGCUCCAGCCAGCCCAGCUCCAAGCGAUCAAAUUGCUAAACCAGUUCAUGCUAGUUGUGGCAUUAGUGUCCAGGCAGCAGGUAAACUUUUCUCUUACAAAGAAGUUGCCUUAGCCCCACCCGGGACAAUUGUGAAGGCUGUGGCUGAACAGUCACCAAAAGGAAAUCCUAUUGUUCAAGAAAAUCCUGAGGUGAGUUCCAUGGUAGUUGCAACAAAGGAGACUCAUUGUAAUGCGGCAACAACAAACGAUGUGCAAGAUGAUGUUCAGAAACCAAUUGAUGAGAAACGGCAAAGCACUGUACACAAAGAACAAAAAGAAAAGGAUACUGCUGUGGUGACAAAUAAUGCAGAAACAGUAAAAAGUAAUGAGGACAGUCAUGAGGAUGUCGAAGUUAAACCCCAGGAAGCAAACAGUGAUGCUGUAAUAGAGAAGAAAUUUGAAGCUGGAAACAUCAAAUGCAUGGAGGUUGAGAAUUCUGGUUGUUUAGAGAAUAUAAGCAACAGUGCCUCUAAAGCUGCAUCAGAGAUAGAAGUUCAAGAAAGUUGCCAAGCAACUUCCCAUGAUUUAAAUCCACUAACCGUUUUAGAUGAAGAUGGAAAACAAUUACCUGACAAUGAUACAGAGAAGGUUACUGAGGGAGAUGAGAAACAACAUGAAUUACCAAGUGGUGAUACAGUUAGUCAGCCACUACCAUCUGAAGGAGAAAAGCAAGAAGAAACAGAAACAGGAAAGGAACCUACCAAGAAACUUUCUGCAGCUGCACCACCAUUUAAUCCAUCCACAGUUCCAGUUUUUGGUUCAGUUCCAGUUCCAGGUUUCAAAGAUCAUGGAGGUAUUUUGCCCCCACCAGUAAAUAUUUCUCCUAUGCUUGCAGUCAAUCCCAGAAGAUCUCCUCAUCAGUCAGCAACAGCUAGGGUUCCAUAUGGUCCGCGAAUAUCUGGUGGCUAUAAUAGAUAUGGGAAUCGUGUUCCCCGGAAUAAAACUGUAUUCCACUCAGGUGAACACUCCACUGAUGGUAACCCCAACAGCCCUCCUAGAAUAAUGAACCCACAUGCCACAGAGUUUGUACCUGGCCAGCCUUGGGUUCCCAAUGGCUAUCCUGUGCCUCCUAAUGGAUAUAUGGCUUCCCCAAAUGGCAUUCCGGUAUCUCCUACUAGUUUCCCCCCCUUGUCUCCCAAUGGUAUUCCACUGUCACCCAGUGGAUAUCCUGCUUCACUAAAUGGUAUUCCAGUGAAUCACAAUGGAUUUGAAACAUCUCCAACCAGUUCAACUGAUUCAGCACAAGUUGUAUCUGUUGAAACCAAUCUUGAUAACAAAAAUCAAGUUCUGGAUGAGGAAAAUAAACAUGCUUUCUCAACAGAAGUCAGCAGUGAAAAGCAGCACGUUGAGCAAAAUCCUCAAGAAGACCUAUCUGCAAGCAAUGAAAAUUGUUAUCCUAAAGUAGAAGAAAAGCCUGAAGACCCCAGCCCCCCAGCUGGUUGUUGUCAAGAAGAAAACCUAGCCAACAAGGACACAGUAGAUGAGGAAAAGCCAAGCAAGUGUUGGGGAGAUUACAGUGACAAUGAAGCUGAUUUGGUUGAGGUCACAAGUUAAGCAAUGACAAGCUUUUCUUAGUAAAAAGAAAAUAAAAAUAAAAAGCAAAUGCUUUUAUUGCAAGGGUUUCAUAUCAUCAAGAUACCAAAACGUGAUGCCAGGGAUAUUGACUGGACUGAGGAGUUCUGACCUGAAUUUCCAUGGUAGAACUGAUUACUUACAAGGAAAUGUGAAAGUCUCGUACUUCUAGGUAGGCACUUGUCUAUACUGAUUGAGGGGGUUCAAGUUUUUAGCCUAUUUAGGAAAGGUCACCAUGACCAUGGAAGGCUUUGUUGAGAAGCUAUUUGUCUUAAAUUGUUUUAAUCUUUACCUGCUAUAUUUUUUUCCUGGUUAAAAAUGGAGUUGUAGCUUUGAGGUCAUAAUACUCUGACGGCUGAGGACUAGGUUGCACAAAAAUAAGGUCUCAUUUUUCAGGCCUUUGUUUGGUUUUCCAAUUUGUAGAAGCAGCCUUUUUGUCUUUAUGAAUUUGUUCAUAUUUCUAUUUUUAAAUGGUAUCUUCCAUAUGAUGAAUAACAAUGUUCAGCAAUAAAAAUGCCGGACUUGAUAAACAGUAUUUUGAGAGAGAAGGAAAGGCAUGUGUGUACAUUGUGCCCCAAAAUAUCCCAAUUUUCGUUUACAUUGAUAAUAGCAAUCUUGUAAAUAAGUGCCAUGUGAAUUUCAAAUCAUAUGUCUUGCUGAUUCCUCAAACAAUUGUAACCUAUUUUUUCCCCUCGUUAAAGAAUAUUAUUUGAUUAAUAAAAUUGUCUGAAUUAAAUCUGAAUUGUUAAAGCACAUUGUUAUUGCUAAUCCCCGCUGAAAAGGAGUUAAAAGACCUUCUUUUCUUUUCUUUUUUAAGUAGAGUGAAAGAGUAAGUAUAACUGCAUAUU